AUGGUGCGCACACUUCUGCUUGCGGCGCUCGUCGCCACGACCGCGUCGGCUCUCUCCAUCGGACGAGCAGAAGUCCAGGAUCUUUACACCAUCGAACUCGGCCCUGGCGAGACUCAAGUCGUGACCGAGGCAGAGAAAUGGGCUCUGAAAGCUCAAGGCAAGAACUUCUUCGACAUCACGUCGUUCACCCAGCUCGCUGAGCAGUCCUCGUCUGCGUCGCUCGCAGAGGUAGCAGCCGUCACCUACCCCAGCAGCAUGUCCCAGACACGCGCCGUCGAGGCCUUGAUUCCUUCGCUGGACAAGACCAAGAUGCAGAAGAAUCUGCAAACCUUCUCCGACUUCCGCAACCGCUACUACAAAUCAAGCUACGGCAAGAAGUCGUCGGAGUGGCUGCUGGCUCAGGUACAGAGCAUCAUCUCGGACAGCGGGGCUGCGAACGUAACGGCGAAGCCCUUCGAUCACUCGUGGGCGCAGAGCAGUGUCAUUGCCACCAUUCCCGGUCAGAGUGACAAGACCAUCGUUGUUGGGGCUCAUCAGGAUUCGAUCAACAUUCGGGACUCAGACAGGGUGAAUGCUAGAGCGCCGGGAGCCGAUGACGACGGGAGCGGCACCGUGACCAUCCUAGAGGCCUUCCGCGUACUCAUGACGGAUUCCAAGAUCGCUGCCGGAGAAGCCCCCAACACGAUUGAGUUCCAUUUCUAUUCGGCCGAGGAGGCAGGCCUACUGGGCAGUCAAGCCAUCUUCCAGAGCUACGCUACGGCCAAGAGGGACGUCAAGGCAAUGCUACAGCAGGACAUGACGGGCUACGUCAAGGCUGGAAGCCAGGAGUCCGUAGGAGUCAUUACCGACUACGUCGACGCAGGCUUGACAGAUUUUAUCAAAAGUGUCGUUGACACGUACUGCGAUAUUCCCUACGUCGAGACCAAGUGCGGCUACGCUUGCUCGGACCACGCAUCGGCAUCCAGAGCUGGAUAUCCUUCGGCCUUUGUCAUCGAGUCGGCUUUCGCGAAUACUGACCCAAACAUACACUCGGACAAGGACACCAUCGACACCAUCAACUUUAACCACGUACGGGAGCAUGCCAAAAUGACGCUCGGCUUCGCGUAUGAGCUUGCCUUUGCGACCUUGUGA